AUGUAUCGAAAGACGACGCUCCCAGGCGAUGAAGAGCUGGGCAAGAAAGACGAUGACCACCGAUACAAACCCGCGCGACAGUCCAGUUGGUCGAUGUGGAACCACACAUUCCGCUGGCGACGGAGAAGGAUACUACUCGCGAUAGCAGCUCUAUGCCUCUUGUACUACACCUUCCACGGCAGCUCGGACGACCUCGAAGAACCGGUCGAACAGCGAUAUCGCGGACGACCCAUCUCAUCGACGUAUCAGAAGCCGGGCGCGACCGGCAACGACGACGAACCUGCGGGACCGCCCCCGGGCAUACAAAAACCCAGACGCGGAGACGCAAUCCCGCACACAUACGAUGGGCAGAUACGCUUCUUCCGUCUCGCUAGCUCGCUGCGCUCGUCUGCUUCGGCAACGGGUGGCUACGAGAAGAAGAAUAGGAAUAUACUAUUUGCUAUGUCGAAUCUGAAGAGCGUCUCUACGCUAUUGCCGAUGGUUACCGAUGUACGCGCUGAGACGGCGGUGACAGGAGCCAUGUCGCAUAUCAACAGCUUCUUGCAUCCACAAGCAGUCGUUAUCGACGACUCGAUGUCUGAAGAUGCAUUCUUCGUACGAGGCAUGCGAUCUAAAACCAGUGCGCUGAAGAUGCCUCUUGUUGAAGUACCGAAGGACAGAUUAGAGGACUUCGCCUGGGUCUCGCGACUUGACGCCGGCUCGCUCAAGCACUGGCACGAUCCUACUGUAGACAUUCUGAUCCAAGUCCCGUCGGGCUCAUCCAGUGUUCUUCGACUACUCGAGUCGAUCAAAGAUGCUGAUUACAGCGGUCUGACACUACCCCGCAUCACGAUUGAGCUACCAGCCGAGCUCGAUGUGUCAGUCAAAGAGCACAUUGAAAAGUUCAAAUGGCCCCCGAAGAGUGACAACCCAACGACAGCAAGCGGCCUCAGCAUCAGACGCCGCAUCUCAACCCACCGCCAUGAUCAAGAGGAAGCGGCGAUACGUUUCUUGGAAUUAUUUUACCCUGCAAGCACAACCAACUCCCACGUGCUGCUGCUCUCACCGCAGGCUCAGCUAUCGCCACAGUACUUUCACUUCGUCAAGUAUGCGUUGUUGGAAUACAAGUACUCUACUUACGGUGCAGAGGAUAACGAACAUCUCAUGGGCAUGAGCUUGGAGUUACCACCGAUGCUCUUAGAUGGCAAGACGAAGUUGGAGGCUCCUUCGACCGACGAGAUGCACACUGACCGGUACAAGAAGCUGUAUCCUGACGCUAAGAGCGUGCCUUACAUGUGGCAGGCCCCGAACAGCCAUGCGGCAUUGUUGUUAGGGGACAAAUGGGCUGAAUGGCAUUCGUUCCUCAGCAACCGUGUUGUGAAACAUCAGCAGUCGGCCAAGCCAACAUCUCGGGGCAAGCUGGUUUCCGAGACCCUUCCGGCAUGGACAGAGUACAUGCUCGAGUUCAUGCGCGCGCGGGGCUAUUCUUUGCUGUAUCCCGCAACAAUGGAGAAUGCACUGGUCACCAUCCACAACGAACUAUAUCACAUCCCCGAGGAAUUCUCCGCGACUCCCUCUGAGGACGGGAAAGAAAAUCCAACCGUACCAAAGGAGACAGAUGCGCCGUUCCUGCGCGCCGACGCACCACCCAAGCCACCUCAAAACCCCGAAUCGCCAGUCAUCCCAGGCUCAGUACCCCUCCACCAAGCACUGCCUUUCAAAGGCGACCUCCCCGAGAUACCUCAUCUACCCCACCUUCUCUAUGACGGGAAACAUAUUGCUCCCGCAAACAUAUCUACCGUGGCGAAAGAGUACGCCGAUGUGUUCCGUACGGAAGUUGGAGGCUGCAAGAUACCCAAAGGCAAGCAUAAGAAGAUUGUUGCGGGCGAAGCUAGCGAUUUGUUCUGCUUCGGAGACGAGGACGGUAGUGACUGGGUGGAUGAUGAGACUAGAGAGGUGGAGAUGUUUGAUGCGCCGAUUGACGAUGCAUUGGAGAAGCUGAUUGAGGAUGCGCUACCUAUUGCGACGUCGACGAGGGAGAGGACGAUCACGAGACCCACAGCUGAAAGUGUAGAAGCACGAUGA